AUGUCAGGAGUGGUCAUGGCUCGUACAAAACAAGAGGAUAGUACAUUCAGAGAGGUGUUGGACGAAUUGGAGGCUCUCAGGGUCGAAAACGAGCGUUUGCGACAUGGAACCAGCGAAACAUUCGUACCCUCUCAGCCUGCGGUGCUAGCGUAUACCGGUAAAGUCUUUUACAAAGUUGGACAGACACUGUAUUUGGAUGAGCCGCGUUGGGAGCCCGCUGAAGGAUCUGGCGUCGUGUUACUGGCUAACAAUCCGAUCCGGAAGAUUGAGUACUAUCUGGACCAACAUCCCGAGAUAGCCUUCGCCAUCUACAAGGAAUACAAACAGACCCCGCCUUCCGAUCGCAGUAAGAUUGAAACAAAAGAUGGUGUAUACCGCUCUCCUACACCCGCGCAUGAAUUUCUCUCGAUCAUAGCCGACGACAUGCUGGACGCGGUGGAAGAGUUAGUCCAGCAGAUACCUAAGUUUGGCGACUACUUCCCGUACUUCGACCCUGAAGGGCAAAUCCUGGCACCGUAUCUUUUCAUGUACUACAGCGCACCGUUCAUUCCCGAGAUAUUACCUGAUCUUGAUACCCCCAGUCAAAACCUAAUCAGGCAAUUGCAAUCCGCAAUCGAAAAAAGCUAUGGGUACGAAUACGACUCAGCGAAGCUCCAAGCGGAGAAAGGAAGAGUAUCGCGUAAACACCUCAAAUAUCUCUUCCAACCCGGGGACGUUCUCGUCAGAAAUGGCACGGGAGGUUACGUUCCUCAGGCAUGUAUUGCUACAGACUGGAUUGAACGUCCAGAGACUACGCUUGAGGAUUCCCAGUACGAGGAGUCCGAUUAUAUACAAAGGAAGCGUAUCCCAAGAUAUGGUCCCCUUGCCAAUUCCGAAUCGAGUCGCAAAUUGACUACAUAUUCUUGGGAAGUUCCAAUGUGGUAUUGGCUAUUCGAUGGCGCCUUUGCAAAGCAAGAGUCUCGCAUAGAGAUUACCAUGUCUCUAGGAUAUGAAGAGGAGACAGUUGCGAUCAGAGAUCUCAAUGUCUACCCUCUGCGAUAUGCGAGCGAAGACAUGAGAUUACUGCUUGAGAAAAGAGGCAAAACAUUCUGGUCUCUUCGAAACAGACAUUUCGUGUCUUACAUACGUUCGAAGGAGGACGAGCUCUACAACGUACGUGUACAAUCACCAAAACUGCAUGGAGCUUUGCAUGAACUAACGAGGUAUACAAAGAUUGAGGAAAGAUACAUGGUCGACACAAAGGCGUACAAGAUGCUGUUUCCACAUUCAGACAUUGCCAAACUACACUGCGAAGACGAACUUGGCAUUGCAGCCAUGGCACGCGACCAACCACCCGAAGACGGUGAUGCGCUUUUGGUCAUGCCAGCGAAGAUCAUGGCUCACAAUCUGCAGGAGAAACACUGGAGAGAGCUUUUCGUCGAUCGUAUUACUGACGUAGUGUGGAACAAGCAAGCCUUCAAGGAUCUCGUCGCUGAACCAGAGACCAAGGAACUAGUGCAAGCGCUUGUCAUGAAGCAACUCAACGCGAAGAAGUCGACAGACUUUGUAGCUGGCAAAGGCAAUGGACUAAUCAUGCUUUUGCAUGGAGCACCUGGAACCGGCAAGACAUUCACAGCUGAGGGGGUUGCCGAGUUUGCAGAGAAGCCGUUGCUCCGCGUAACUUGUGGUGACGUGGGAACAGACGCUGAAGUUGUUGAUCGGCGACUCCGCGCUACAUUCCAGCUAGGGAAAAUGUGGGACUGUGUCGUACUUCUAGAUGAAGCAGAUGUCUUCCUCGAGGAACGCGACAUGAAGGACCUGAAGAGAAAUGCUUUAGUAUCCGUGUUCCUCCGUGCCCUCGAGUACUACGAUGGCAUCCUAAUCCUGACUUCCAAUCGCGUUGGCACUUUUGACGAAGCCUUCAAGUCUCGCAUUCAGCUAGCCCUGCACUACGACAACCUUGGCCUUGUUCAGCGCAAGAAGAUUUGGCGCAACUUCAUCGCGCGUAUGAAAACGCUCGAUGAAUCUUCCGACGACGACCUGGAAGAUAUCCUCGACCACAUCGACGAUCUCAGCAAGGAGCCGAUGAACGGACGAGAGAUUCGUAACGCGAUCACUAUUGCGAGACAGUUGGCCCAGUUCAGAGAGCAGCCGUUCCAGUACUCACAUCUCAAGCAUGCUAUCAACGUUGGCAAUCGGUUUAGCAAGUACCUGAAGGAUCUGAGAAUGAACUACACGGAUGAUAUGAUCAAACAAGAUAGCGGGAUCAGGUUUUCCUACACAGCAGCACCGGCGGGAAUUGAGUGA